UCGAAGCUAACUCAAUGAUUGUACAAACGGUUAACAAUUAGAAUGCUGUUCGUUUGACGACCCGUAGCUUCUUAGAAACCGUUGCCAUACGGUAGACAAACACAAGCAAGUCAAACAAAUGGAGGAUUUAUCUGUGUGAAACUUGCAAAUCUGAAGAAGAAUGUGUGCUGCUGUGACUUAUUCUCCAGGAGAUGUUGUUUGGGCAAAAGUCCCUCGCUAUCCGUGGUGGCCUGCAGAGGUUGUAGCCCAGGAAGACUGUAAAAUUGUUAAUCAUGGGAAGAAAAAUCCUAUAGCUUACAUCACUUUUCCUUGUGAAGAUGCUUAUGAUAUUAUUCGUUCCGAAUCUAAUAUCUUGCCAUUUAAUACAGAACACAAGAAGAACUACAUAAAGAAAGGUGAAAAUCUGCCAAAUGAUUUGAGUCAAAGAUUCCUGAUGGCUCUAAAAUGUGCUCAAAAAGCUGCCAAGGACAACACUGAUGUUACACACAAAAAAAGCUCAUCGGUUAAGAAUCCAAAUGACUCUAUAUUUAAUAGUUCCUUGAACAGUAAGUCAUCUGUUGCUGGUAGUUCACACAACCAAGCAGAUUUACUUUCUGACAGUCCUCCGGCUACAUCUGGUGCCAGCAGCACUAUUACUAGUUACACAAAUGAGACCAGUGACCAUUUGAAGUAUACCUGUAGCCAGUGUAACUUUUCUACUUGUCGGCUAAAUUUGAUGUUAAUUCACUAUAAACCUGAAGAAAAUGUACUCCGUUGUCCUAGUCUGCCUGAAUCUUUUGUGGCAAAUGCUGACAGCCGUAAGCGUCGAAUGGUUGAGAAUGAUGCAUAUCUGAGAAGCCAACACUACAAGGCCCCACGUCGCUUGAGCACACCAGAAGUCACCAGUCGUGUUCCUUGUUAUGCCCGGAAACCAGCCUCACCUCCACCUCAGAAGGCCUUACCUACCACAGCUCACGACAGAGGUAGUUGCUAUAUGUUUCAUGAUGAACCCAUCCGACAGCCAGCACAUAAACCCAGCUUUUCAUACCGGUCACUUCAGAAAAAAAAAGAUAACUCCUCUUCCGUGGGAGAAAAUGAAAACUCCAAACGCAGUAUUAGUUCUUUUACACAACCAAAGACUUAUACCAAACUGAAGUCAUCGAAGGAUCAAAGAAAUGGUGUAUUGUCUAUUGGCAACACAGAGAAAAGAAAAGAGUUCCAGAUGAAGUCAAGUUAUGAUACUAGCACUCCUUCAGAAAAUAAACUAGAACGGCCAACUAGAAGACCUCACUCCAGUGGUGAGAAAAGAUCCAAUGGAGAGAAAGAUGAGAAGGAAGAGGAAACAACAACAAGGAAGAAACUUCUUUAUUCUGAAAAGAAAAAUUCAGAUUCCAACCUUGAGAACAAAUCUGGUUCAUCUGAUGAAAGCUCCUUUGGUACUGAUGAUGAGAUGUGCGACACUAUCACUUCUUCAAAAGCUGACUCACCUGUUGUGGAAAAUGAUGCAGUAUGGGUUAAAUUCAACAAAUAUCCUUUCUGGCCUGCCUUGAUAAGUAAAGUAUAUAAAAAGAAACAACACAUUUACCGACUUGGCAUCCGUUUUUUUGGUGAAAUUCUCUCAAAGGAAUCACUGGAGUUUGGCAUUCGUUACAACAAGGAAUCGGUUAUCCCAUUCAAUGAUCUACGAAAAGAAGAAUUUAUUAAAAAAGGAGAAGAAUCUGAGUACAAAGAAAAGUUUAGCUUGGCUCUAAAGAAAGUAAAUGAAUUUUUAAGAAAAGGUGAUUCUGAAAUAACCAGUGACAACACAGAUCAAUAUAUUUACAAGUCAAGUUGCAGCUCACCAGAUCCUUCUCAAUAUGAUAAAACAGAUGCAGACAACAGCAUAGCCUCUGAACCGUCGUCGUGGUACCCAGUGGACAAUGUGAAUAUUGUGGAGGACAGACAAACAGUUGAAAUGGUUUCAAGUGUUCUUGUGGAUACUCCAGAAGAUGUUUGCCAAACUGUCUUAGAGCUGGAUGCUUCAGAACAAUCUAAAGAAUUAUCCACCGUAAGUGUAAUGCCAGAAAUCUGGAUUCCUAGUGUUGAAGAAACCACUGCCGUUGGUAACGAGGUUGUUCUUCAUGAUAUUGAUGCUGAAGUUCUUGUCCCCACUGCUACAGACUGAUAGAACAAUAUUGGAAGAGAUGAAAAAAUAUCUUUUAAAUCUGACCAUUAACAUCCCCUAGCCUCUAUCACAGCAGAUCACAACCACCACCACCACCACCACUAUUGCUACUUGUGCUCCUCUGUUCCAGCCAUUACCAUUGUGAUCAUCAAACCAACAACUACAAAUACUAAUGGGUCAGCAUUGUCCUUAAAAAUAUUAUUGCUAAUAUUUUCUCCAUCUCUCACACAGUCAACACAUGUUCAAACGAUUUUACUGCACACAUCUUCAUAAUAAAGAAUUUUUAAUCAUUCAAAAAAAACUGCAGAGGAAAGACUGAGAUUUUAGAGAAUAUUUUUAGGAGACACAAGCAGAAUCCACAAUUGUUCAUUUUAAACAGGUUUUUAUCAAUGCCCUUCGGGUUUAAAUCACCGUUUCAUCUGAUUUUCAUAUAUCUGGAUUAGCUCAACUACAUCUAGUGCAGAAAUGUAUCUAAAACUCAAAAUAAAUUCAUUUAAGUAUU